AUGUUCGCACCACUCAACUACACGAACCCAGCCGACCUAGAAGACUAUGACAUUCCGCACGAUACGGGGAUGCCUGCCAUCCUCGCCGGCAUUCUCAUCCCUCAUAUAAUGUGCACCCUUGUCAUUCUCGGCCGCGUUAUCUCCCGUCUCUUCUUUCUCGGGAGAUGGUACAUCGACGACACCCUAAUUGUCACCAGCUGGGCCUUCUCCACGGCGAUAUGCAUCAUUUAUAGCAUCGCUGCCUACACACCCGACAUCCUCCUGGCACCCAACGAGCUAACCCUCCAACACAACCUAGAGGUCGAAGGCCGCGCGGGAUCCAUCCACCCGUACAUCAUGCGGACCUACCUAGGACUCAUCUUUUACCAAUUGUGUCUCUGCCUAACGAAGCUGUCCGUAUUAGCCUUUUACCUGCGCAUGUUUACCGAGAACAAGAAGGAGAGAUGGAUAGCGUGGGGAACAAUGUGCUUCGUUUUCCUCUACGGAAUCCCCAUGUUAUUCAUCAGCAUCUUCCAAUGCCACCCGCAAGACGGCCAAUUCUUCGGCCGCCCGAUGACGUGCUUCGGCUUCGCGCCGCUCAUCAUCUCUAGCGCGGGUCUACACACGGCCACGGACGCCUGGAUCAUCAUCCUCGCCAUCCCGUGCAUUUCCCGCCUCGACGUCCCGCCGCGGCAAAAAGUCGCCCUCUCCAUCGUUCUCAGCCUCAGCAUCUUCGUGAUCGCUGCCAGCCUUCUCCGUCUUCAGCUUAGCUUGCACAGACAUUUCAGGCCCGGCAGUGUGGGUGUUACGAAUACGCUUGCCUUCUUCGUCAUGACGAUUCUUGAGUGCGAUGUGGCACUUAUAUGUGCCAGCGCGCCGAUGUUAAGGCCUGUCCUGGCUAAGCUCUGGCCGAAGAUGAUGAUGAUGGAUCAGAGGCGGAGGAGGGUGGCAAUGACGCGGGACGACACGGAUGAUGGGAGCGUGGACCUCGCGUUUGCGGGUAGUUACCAUGGAUACCCGUGGAGAAACUUUGAUGGACCGGUUCCGAAGAAUGAGAGGGAGGUGGCAAUGGGCCAUGUUUAUGAAGGUUGGAGGUCGACGACGCCAGGUUCUACUCUUUCGGAUCUGGAGAGGGCAACAGAACGCGGGACGACGCCGCUUAGCCUGAGAUCCUUUUUCGGGAGUACGAGGAGACUUCCUCAGCAGUUUCACCGUUAUAACGAAGAUGAUGGAAGAGCCAUGUUGAGGAGCGAUGUUGCUGCUGAGAGCAGACCCGUCUCGAUUGGUUUCGAAGAUUAUUUCCUCUCCCAUCAACAGCCCUUACCGCCCACACCUCAACAAAGGACGAACAGCAAGCAGCAGAAGAAGAGUAAAGAGUACGAAGUGUCGGAGGCACGAUGGGACCAAAGCCAGGAAAGCUUCGUCCUGGGCGUCGACGACCCAAGGUACUCGAGACUAUCACCGGUAUCCGGGUUCAGUGGCGAAACAUGUGCCGCGCCUGGAGAAGGCGAAGGUGAGGAAGCGGGACUGACCACGGCGACCCCGACGACGGGCGAGGAGCGAGUUCCACAGGAACUCGUGGAAUGGUCGAUGGAAGGAAAAGAGAAGCUUUGA